AUGGCGGCAACAAGACGAAACAACCCCUCCGAAAAGACCACGUCCGACGCGCAAGGUGCUUCGUCGAUCUCGAUCCAAGUCUCUCAAACCGCACCGGCAGUGCCAGCCUCUGUCAUUUACAAGUUACUUGGCUUCACUCUGGCUAUGAUAUGUAUCCCCAUUGGGUCAUAUUUUCUGUCCGUCGAUGUCUUUUUUCGAGGCAAUGCGACAUAUGCUGGCGCACUUGCAGCAAUCAUGGCCAAUGUCGUCUUAUUUGCCUACAUUAUAGUGGCGAUGAAAGAAGACCAGACCGACAGACUGGAGGACGAAAAGAAGCGCAAAAAGGCGCAGUAA